GCUAAACCCAGGCAUUAAACUGUGGCUCCAGCAGAUGUUCCGUUCCCGCUAUAAGGACCCAUACACUGUAGACCGGCGGGUGUGCAAACUAGCUAAUCUUAUCUCGGUGGUGCUUUUGUACUCGGCCGCCAGUACUAACCACACGAUUCCCAAGGACUAUCUUCUGCUCUAUCUCUGUGAAACGUACUAUGGCAAGUUGGUGCCUCCCAGCUCUCCAAUCGUGGUAUCUCCUUCCACAGCCGCGUACUUCAAGCUUGGUUCAUAUAAGGCUAAUAGCUGGGUGCGGAAAACGUACGAAAAAAAGCACUUUAUAUUGUUCCCUGUGGUGUGCGGCCAAAUACUACUGAACUACUUGACGCCCACGCAGUACAAGUUGAACCAGCGGUACUUUUCAGUCGCCAUCAAACGGGUGCUUUUGGACCCGAUAUGGACGCAUUUUCGUAUGGGCGUGGGGUUCCAAGCAAUGGCCUGGCGAGGGCUUCUAGUAAGCUACGCCAGGCACAACGGACUUUUGUUUCUCUAUAUGGCGGCACUUAAUUUCCGGACACGGCUCUGGCGCCCUUGCUAUAAACUUGGAUCCGAACUCGAACUUGGCGGCCACCGCCUUAGAAAGGUGUGUGGGAAAUACAUUCUUUACUGUGCCCAGCGGGCCAAUACAGUGGCUAAUUUUGUCUAUGCACCAAAUCUACUUUCAAUGGUGCUUCUUUCUAAAACGGCUCCACUUUUGGCCCAUUGGCGGCCACUCAAAACCAAGUACAUGGUCAACCAGAAGCAAACAGUGAAAUGGUACAUGCGCAGUAUUGGCUUUCUGGCAGGGCUUGCGGCCAUGUUGCUUCACACAAUCAAGUAUGUGACGCCUAUAGGCAGAAAGAGUGAUUUGAGUACUUAUUCAGAUUUUUAUACUGAUUCAGAUUUUGGUCCUGAAUCUGAUUUAGACACUGACUCGGGUUUUGGUACUGAUGCAGACUCGGAAGAUGAGGGAGAACUAGAUAAUCCCCGGGUUCUUGGCCCCGACUUCUACAACAGCAUUUGCAUCUACUUAACCCAGCUCAUUGUGCUCUCCAAGUGGCGGAUCGUCAAAGAGAACCAUCCCUGGUUCACAGUCUUGAAAGUGGGCACAUGGCGCCGGAUGGAGACGGGCUUGAUGUGUCUCUUUGUAUGGAAACUCAUGAACUUAAACGACCACGUCACGAAGCACACGCUUGGGUCGGGCAGCCAUGAGCUCCAAAAACUCCGGCUCAAUCCGUGGAUUAAGGCCGUGAACAGAAUCAUGCACUGACGUGCCGAGUCUGCCCGGGUGCAGAAGCCGAAUAGGGCUUGCUACCCCUUUGUCUAUUCUUUGUAUUGUGAUCAUAUUUUCCAUGCGGCUCCUACUGUUGUCUAGCUGGCGUAACCACCUGCACCUGGCACGUUUUCCUUACCCUUCAACUUGGUCAACAAACCCUUGAACCGAGACUUGUCGCGGCUGGAGUCGGCGCCCUCACCAGCGUCUUCCACAAGCUCAUUGACUCUGUCCCACAAAGUGCCUCGUUUCAAAAAGCCGUCGCGCUUCUCCAAAAACUCCUCUUGCUCCUUCAAC